CUUUAGGUGGGUCCAUAUACCGCACUACAAACAUCAAAAAAAUCCUCACACACACAUGUACAAAUCACCACCAUGCUCAAUUCCUACCCAUUAUAUAAAGCCAUGUCAUUAAGAACUCCCUCACACCCUUUUUUUUCCCUCCUUAAGAUCACUUCCUCCUCUUCCCUCAUCCACCUCUCCUUAUUCUUAUUUCUCAAUCGCCAUUUUUCAUUAACUUACCUUGCAUCAUAUAUAUAACAUAUUGGCACAUAUAUAACGCACUAUUUAUAUUGUAUCAUAUAUAUUUGUGCAUAUACAGUUGUUUGGGUUGCUAAGACCAUGGGUAACGUAGACUAUGCGUACCCUUCGGCCAUGAACGUUGAGAGCGUGCACCACGUGGCGGUUCCUCCACCUCAGCCAUUUUUCAAGUCUCUAAAGUACUCUCUCAAGGAAACCUUCUUCCCUGAUGACCCUUUGAGGCGGUUUAAGAACCAGCCAGCCUCAAAGAGGUUCGUGCUUGGUCUUCAAUACUUCUUCCCCAUUUUCGAAUGGGCACCCAACUACACUUCUCAGUUCUUGAAAUCUGACCUCAUAGCUGGCAUCACCAUCGCUAGCUUGGCUAUUCCUCAGGGCAUUAGUUAUGCCAAGCUCGCCAACCUUCCUCCAAUUCUUGGACUAUAUUCGAGCUUUAUACCACCGUUGAUAUAUGCGAUGAUGGGUAGCUCCAGGGAUUUGGCGGUGGGGACUGUGGCGGUUGGAUCGCUACUCAUGGGCUCCAUGUUGAGUAAUGAGGUUAAUCCCAAUGAAAACCCAAAGCUUUUCCUCCACCUUGCUUUCACUGCUACAUUCUUUGCUGGUGUAUUGCAGGCUGCACUGGGUCUGUUUAGGUUGGGGUUUAUCGUGGAUUUUCUAUCACACGCAACCAUAGUAGGGUUCAUGGGAGGAGCAGCCACUGUGGUUUGCCUGCAGCAGCUUAAAUCGAUUCUUGGCCUUGAGCAUUUCACCCAUGCGGCCGAUCUCGUAUCAGUCAUGCGCUCCGUUUUUGCCCAAACUCAUGAGUGGAGGUGGGAAAGCGCCGUGUUAGGAUUUUGCUUCAUUUUCUUUCUCCUUGUCACGAGAUACUUCAGCAAAAAACAACCAAAGUAUUUUUGGGUAUCAGCAAUGGCGCCGUUGACGUCCGUUAUAUUGGGAAGCCUGCUGGUUUAUUUCACUCACGCCGAGAACCACGGCGUUCAAGUGAUAGGAGAAUUGAAAAAAGGGUUGAAUCCACCAUCGCUCACAAACUUGGUAUUUGUGUCACCUUAUAUGACCACAGCUAUGAAAACAGGUCUUGUCGUUGGCAUAAUAGCGCUUGCGGAAGGAAUAGCAGUGGGAAGGAGCUUUGCAAUGUUUAAAAAUUACCAUAUUGAUGGUAACAAAGAAAUGAUAGCUAUUGGAACCAUGAACAUAGUCGGUUCUUUCACCUCUUGCUACCUCACAACAGGGCCAUUUUCGCGUUCAGCUGUGAACUAUAAUGCUGGAUGCAAGACAGCAGCAUCCAAUAUUAUAAUGUCAAUUGCAGUGAUGUUGACAUUGUUAUUCCUAACACCCUUGUUCCAUUACACUCCUCUAGUUGUACUAUCAGCCAUAAUUGUAUCUGCAAUGCUUGGCCUCAUUGAUUAUCAAGCAGCCAUCCAUUUGUGGAAGAUUGACAAAUUUGAUUUUGUGGUGUGCAUGAGUGCAUACAUUGGUGUGGUCUUUGGCAGUGUUGAAAUUGGCUUAGUCAUAGCUGUUGCAAUAUCUAUACUUCGGAUACUUCUAUUUGUUGCGAGGCCAAGGACAUUUGUUUUGGGCAACAUUCCAAAUUCUGUGAUAUACAGAAAUGUUGAGCAAUAUCCAAAUGCUAAUCAUGUUCCUGGAAUUCUAAUUCUAGAGAUUGAUGCACCAAUUUACUUUGCCAAUGCAAGCUAUUUAAGAGAGAGGAUCACAAGGUGGAUUGAUGAAGAGGAAGACAGAAUCAAAACUACAGGAGAGACAAAUUUGCAAUAUGUUAUAAUGGAUAUGAGUGCUGUUGGGAAUAUUGAUACAAGUGGAAUAAGUAUGGUUGAAGAGAUCAGAAAGAUUGCGGAAAGAAGAGGGCUACAACUUGUUUUGGUCAAUCCUGGGAGUGAGGUGAUGAAGAAACUAAACAAAUCCAAGCUCCAAAAUGAUAUAGGGAAGAAAUGGAUCUAUUUAACUGUUGAGGAGGCCGUUGGAGCAUGCAACUCCAUGCUUCGUGCAUGCAAAAUGAAUAGCAAGAAAGAUGAAUCUGAGGGUUGGAACAAUGUGUAACUGUGAGCCAUACACCACUGAGUAUUUUAAAAAGCUCAGAAAGCUUAUUCGUUUUUGUCUCAGCUAUAUAACAAUUAUUAGAAUAUGUGGUGUGAGAGUUUGUGAAUCAUGCCGCAGAAGUUUUACGGGCAUCAGAAAAUGAGAAAAUGAAAGAUGCAUGGGUCUUCUAAUUUCUUAACUUCGCUUCCUAAGUUGGAAGAAAAAUUCCUACAUGGUCUGUUGAAUCAUUAUGUAUCAUGCUUGAUAAUCUAUUCAAUAUUCAAAUGUAGUAAAAUAAUUGCCAUGAAUAUUGAAAAUGAUUGGCAAAAUUCUAGAACUAGAACAAAUCGAAGUGCAGGACUAUCCACAAGUUCUCAAGUUUAAAUCAUUAUU